AUGUCUUCGUACACAGCAAUCUCUGUUUUCCUGUUCUAUUUCUUUAUCUCCAGUAACUUCAUCAGUUCCUUCUUUAUAUUCAUACCUGUCCUUACCGCAUGCACUGGAGCUCUCUUCCUUUGGCACAUUAUCAUUGUCACCUUCAAUUUUAAUCUCUUAAAUCUGCUGAGGACUCAUGAGUACAAACACAAAUUAUUGAUUAUCUUGGAUCCUAGUUACAAGGGCACUGACGCUAUAGAAACUAUAGGAAAAGAAUAUGGUGGUGUUUUAGAAAUGUGCAAAAAACUUUAUACUUCACCAAGUGAAGGUUUAUCUGGAAACCCAUAUGAUUUAGAACAUCGUCGACAAGUAUUUGGUUCCAACGUUAUACCCCCCAAACCACCAAAAUCUUUUUUACAACUUGUUUGGGAAGCAUUACAAGAUGUCACACUUAUAAUUUUAUUAGUAGCUGCUCUAAUAUCAUUAGCACUAUCAUUUUAUAAAGUACCUCCAGACCCAGAUGCAGAAGAUGAAGAAAAAGAAUCUGCUGAUGAAGCUGGAUGGAUAGAAGGUUUAGCCAUCUUAAUAGCUGUCAUUGUAGUUGUAUUAGUAACUGCCUUUAACGAUUGGCGGAAAGAGAAACAAUUCAGGGGAUUACAGAGCAAAAUUGAGCAUGAACAUAAGUUUUCUACCAUCCGUGCUGCCGAAGUCAUUGAGAUUCCUGUUGGUGAACUUGUUGUGGGUGAUAUCUGCCUGGUUAGGUACGGUGAUUUGCUUCCCUCAGAUGGAAUCAUUAUACAGAGUAAUGAUUUAAAAGUCGAUGAGAGUUCAUUGACUGGUGAAUCUGAUCAUGUGAAAAAAGGUGUUGAUAAUGACCCAGUUCUUUUAUCUGGAACUCAUGUUAUGGAAGGAAGUGGCAAGAUGCUUGUAACUGCAGUAGGAGUCAAUUCUCAGACUGGCAUCAUUUUUGCCCUGCUUGGUGCAUCUAAUAUUGACCAAAAAGAGAAAAAGAAAAAGAAGAAGGGUGAAGAAGGAGGGCUGCAGUCUAAUCCACCUGGACAAACUGUACCAUUGCUUGCUAUUGAGCCAGAGGGGACGAUUGACUCUGAUUCAGCACCAAGUAACGUUGCUACAGGCAACUCACACAACGUUCUAAAUACCAAUGAACACAAAGCUGGCAGUAAUAAGAAGACAGUUGAUAACCAAAAGGAAGGCAAAUCAGACAAAUCAGACAAUCCUGAGAAAAAAGACGAGGAGGUUAAAAAGAAAGUCACUCGUAAAGAAAAAUCUGUUUUGCAAUCCAAACUGACAAGGCUGGCCAUCCAGAUAGGAUAUGCUGGCACAGCUAUCGCAGUCCUGACAGUUGUUAUCCUUAUCAUGAAAUUCUGCAUCAAUGAAUUUGCUGUGAAAAAAGAAACUUGGACAUCUGAGAAAACUACGUUAUAUUUAGAUCUUUUUGUAAAAUAUUUCAUUAUUGGUGUCACUGUUUUAGUGGUAGCUGUUCCUGAAGGUCUACCACUCGCUGUUACACUGGCACUGGCUUAUUCUGUUAGGAAAAUGAUGUACGACAACAAUUUAGUACGGCAUUUGGAUGCUUGUGAAACCAUGGGAAAUGCUACAGCAAUUUGUUCUGACAAAACUGGUACAUUAACCACAAAUAGAAUGACUGUUGUAGAGAGUUAUAUUGGAGGUGUUCACUAUAAACAGACACCAUCAUUUAACAGUAUUGAAGCAGGGAUAGGACGCCUUUUAGUCCAUGCCAUUGCAAUUAAUAGCGGGUAUACAUCUAAAGUCAUUCCAAGUAAAGAUUCAUCAACUUUACCAACCCAGCUUGGAAAUAAGACAGAAUGUUCACUGCUGGGAUUUGUGUUGGAUUUGGGUCAAGAUUAUGAAAGCCUCAGAGAAGAAACACCAGUCGACAAGUUCCACAGAGUUUAUACUUUCAAUUCUGUACGGAAAUCUAUGACAACUGUCUUAAAACUAGAAGACAGUUUCCGGAUGUUCACUAAAGGAGCCUCAGAAAUUGUUCUGAAAAAGUGUGAGUUCAUUCUUGGUAAUGAUGGUAAGCCGAAGCCAUUUACAGUUGAAGACCAAGAAAAUAUGGUUGCAAAUGUGAUUGAACCAAUGGCAAAUUUUGGAUUAAGAACUCUGUGCCUCGCAUAUAAGGACUUUGUCAAAGGAACUCCUAAAGAAAAUGAAAUCCAAUUUGAUGAAGAACCAUUGUGGGAUAGAGAAGAUGAAAUAAUUCGUGGACUUACAUGUAUUGCAGUUGUAGGUAUUGAAGAUCCUGUGCGAAAUGAGGUCCCUGCUGCUAUAAAAAAAUGUCAGCUUGCUGGAAUCACUGUUCGAAUGGUUACAGGUGACAAUGUUAACACUGCACGAUCAAUUGCAGCCAAGUGUGGCAUCCUGCGCCCUGGUGAUGACUUUUUGGUUCUAGAAGGAAGAGAGUUUAACCGAAGGAUUAGAGACCCAGCCACUGGAGAGGUUAAACAGGAACUUUUUGAUGAAGUCUGGCCAAAUCUCAGAGUGUUAGCUCGUUCAUCCCCUCAAGAUAAAUAUACCUUAGUCAAAGGUAUCAUUGACAGUAGAGUUUCUGAGAACAGAGAGGUAGUUGCUGUCACAGGGGAUGGAACAAAUGAUGGACCAGCUCUGAAAAAAGCUGAUGUUGGAUUUGCUAUGGGUAUAUCUGGAACAGAUGUGGCAAAAGAGGCUUCUGACAUCAUCCUGACUGAUGAUAAUUUCACUAGUAUUGUAAAGGCUGUGAUGUGGGGCAGGAAUGUCUAUGACAGUAUUGCCAAGUUCCUACAAUUUCAGCUUACAGUCAACGUUGUAGCUGUAUUAGUUGCUUUCUUUGGUGCCUGUGCUAUAAAUGACAGUCCCUUGAAAGCUAUCCAGAUGUUGUGGGUGAAUCUUAUUAUGGAUACCUUGGCUUCCCUUGCUCUGGCAACAGAAUUGCCAAGUGAAGAAUUGCUGAGGAGAAAACCUUAUGGAAGAACUAAAGCCCUUAUUUCUAGAACCAUGAUGAAAAAUAUUAUAGGUCAUGCUAUAUACCAAUUAGUUGUUAUUUUUGUACUGCUUUUUGCAGGUGCUGAACUUAUGGACAUUGACAGCGGCCGAAUAGAUGAGACACAAAAACACCCACCUCCUUCUCAACAUUUCACCAUCAUUUUCAACACAUUUGUCAUGAUGACAUUAUUCAAUGAGAUUAAUUCUCGUAAAAUUCAUGGACAACGUAACAUUUUAUCGGGCCUUAGAAGAAAUCCUGUGUUUUGUGGAAUAUGGAUAGGAACAUUAAUAUCACAGAUUAUUAUUAUUGAAUUGGGAGGUUUUGCAUUUAGUACCAAAGGAUUGAGUUUGGACCAAUGGUUGUGGUGUUUACUCCUGGGAAUUGGUGCACUCCUUUGGGGACAGAUCAUCACUACCAUCCCUACACACAGACUUCCCCACAUAUGUACAUGGGGAACAACAUCCCAGACACAACUGGACAUGGAUGAAGUAGACGUAGGAAAAAUAGAUUCCUCGCCGAUGGCAGAUGACCAUGUUGGCAGGCGAGGUCAGAUACUUUGGGUUCGAGGUCUCACACGACUCCAGCAACAGAUUCGUGUUGUUAAUGCUUUCCGCAUGGCAUUAGACACGCGUUAUGACGGGCGUAGCCUGUCUUCGAACUAUAGUUCCCAAUCACUUGAAAACCUUAGGAUGAGGUACAAAUUUCCAGCCAGCCCGCGCACCGAUGGGUCUGCUAGCACCAACCAAACCGUAGACACAUCAAUUUGA